CGACCGGGCUUGGGCGCCGGCCUGCCCAGCCCUGGCGCCCGGCUCUUCGGGUGGCUGAGGGAGCGCAGUCUGGGCCGCCGGCUGUUCGUGGAUCCGGCGCGGGACAAUUUCCGUACCAUGACUAAUCUUUAUGGCUCCAUCCAUCCUGCAGACUCGGUGUACCUCAGCACUCGCACCCAUGGUGCUGUCUUCAACCUCGAGUACUCCCCGGACGGGUCAGUGUUAACAGUUGCUUGUGAACAAACUGAAGUUCUGCUUUUUGACCCUAUAUCUUCAAAGCACAUAAAAACCCUUUCUGAAGCUCAUGAAGAUUGUGUAAAUAAUAUCAGAUUUCUUGAUAACCGGCUGUUUGCUACCUGCUCUGAUGACACUACCAUAGCACUAUGGGAUCUGAGAAAAUUGAACACCAAAGUAUGCACUUUACACGGUCACACUAGCUGGGUGAAGAACAUCGAAUAUGAUACUAAUACAAGACUCUUAGUAACAUCAGGAUUUGAUGGAAACGUCAUUAUUUGGGACACUAACAGGUGUACAGAAGAUGGAUGUCCACAUAAGAAAUUCUUUCACACACGUUUUCUUAUGCGAAUGAGAUUAACACCAGAUUGUUCCAAAAUGUUGAUUUCAACUUCUUCUGGGUAUCUCUUGAUUUUGCAUGAUCUUGACUUAACCAAAUCUUUAGAAGUAGGCAGCUAUCCCAUCUUGAGAGCAAGAAGAACUACAUCAAGUUCAGAUUUGACCACUUCGUCAAGUUCAUCUGCUCCUAGAGUUUCUGGUUCACCUUGUCAUCACAGUGACUCCAGUUCACCUUCUGAGAAACACAUGUCACGAGCCUCUCAAAGAGAAGGAGUUUCACCACGAAAUAGUCUUGAAGUCUUAACACCUGAAGUUCCUGGAGAGCGAGACCGUGGAAACUGUAUCACAUCCUUACAGCUGCACCCAAAAGGAUGGGCCACUCUUCUUCGGUGCUCUAGCAACACUGAUGACCAGGAGUGGACUUGUGUCUAUGAAUUCCAAGAAGGAGCUCCUGUGCGACCUGUGUCACCUCGCUGUUCACUACGACUGACUCAUUACAUCGAAGAAGCCAAUGUAGGCAGGGGUUAUAUCAAAGAACUUUGCUUCAGCCCCGACGGGCGAAUGAUUUCUUCCCCACAUGGCUACGGGAUCCGCUUGUUGGGAUUUGACAAACAGUGUAGUGAACUUGUUGACUGUUUGCCCAAAGAAGCCAGUCCCCUUCGAGUGAUUCGUUCUUUAUACUCUCACAAUGAUGUGGUACUGACAACAAAGUUCUCUCCUACACAUUGUCAGAUCGCCUCAGGGUGCCUUAGUGGGCGGGUGUCUUUGUAUCAGCCAAAGUUUUAGGCACAACUUACAUCAAAUAAGGAACUCUUCUGGUGUUUGACUUAUAAAUCACUUCAAUUUAGGUGAAGUGCUGUCUUUUAGAAGAGCUUAUAAAUUUGGAUCAAGACCCUGGCUCUUUAGGUUCCAUGAACACAUCUGCGACCCAAGUUCUCGAGCGCCCAACAUUACACAGGCGUCUCCAAGUUUUAGGUUCUCUGCAGCUCAUCUUUUUCAGCAUUCCUCUGCUCCUGCUGACUUUGUGCUUAUGAAUUCCAAAUUCGUCUGCUGAUUUUGCAUGAUAGCUUGUCAGUUUCUUUUUUCCUUUAUUUCUCCCUCUUUUAAAUUUCUUUCCCUUUUUUAUGUUUUUUUUUUUUUUUUAUGUGAAUUUUGUGGGCAUUUGGCAGGUGUUUUGGUUGGGUUAGGGAAAACCUGUGAACCUGUGACACCAGCAGGGAAUAAAACCUAGAAGUUUGAUGUUGGCAUAUUGGUUGUUGAAACAGAAAUAUCAUUUUAACUGUCAAUGCACUUGACCUUUUAAAGUUGCUAUUUUUCAAUAAUGAGCACAGACAAUGAUGUUAUAACUGUUAGUGUUGGAACAAAAUAUCUUUUAGGUUUCCUGUUACAUUUAUACACACUUUUCAUAAUGAGAGGGAUUUUGUUUGUUGUGAAAUUCUAGAAAAAAGAUUGCCACCUUUUGUAAUUUGCUUUACUUCUAUGAAUUUAAAAGCUGUA